CCGCCGGGCGCCGCGGCCUGCGGGCGGCCGCUGGUUGGCGGCGGGGGGACACGUGAGGGGGGAGGGGGCAGCGGCGGCGGCAGGAGUUUCCCCGACAGCUGGAGGUUGCGGCGGCGGCUCCUCCUCCCCGGGUCCCCGUUAGAGCCGAGAGACCCCCUGCGCUCCUCCUUAUUGACAAACACACAAAGGGCCGCGCCGGGGCCGGGCCGGGGACGCGUCUGGAGCCGGCAUGGGAGACAAGAAGAGCCCGACCAGGCCGAAGCGGCAGCCGAAACCCUCCUCGGACGAGGGCUACUGGGACUGCAGCGUCUGCACCUUCCGCAACAGCGCCGAGGCCUUCAAGUGCAUGAUGUGCGACGUGAGGAAGGGCACCUCCACACGGAAACCUCGACCUGUCUCUCAGCUGGUUGCACAACAGGUUCCUCAGCAAUUCGUGCCCCCUACACAAUCAAAGAAAGAGAAGAAAGACAAAGUAGAAAAGGAAAAAAGUGAAAAGGAAACAACAAGCAAAAAGAACAGUCAUAAGAAAACCAGGCCAAGAUUGAAAAAUGUGGAUCGAAGUAGCGCUCAGCAUUUGGAAGUUACCGUUGGAGAUCUGACAGUCAUAAUUACAGACUUUAAGGAGAAAACUAAGUCACCACCUGCUUCCAGUGCUGCUUCUGCAGAUCAACACAGUCAGAGUGGUUCUAGCUCUGACAAUACAGAGAGGGGAAUGUCCAGGUCAUCUUCACCCAGAGGAGAAGCGUCAUCACUGAAUGGGGAAUCUCAUUAAAGUUUAUUUCCUCCAGUUUCUUUAGUCUCUUCUCUUCAAAACAUGCAAAUACAUAACUCCUGUCACCUGUUACCACAUUUUCAUGACAGAUUAUCCAUGCACAAUUGGUAUGUUGACUGGAACGUAAUUUAUGCAGUUUUAAAAAAAGAAAAAAGUGCAGUGGUAGAAACAAUAAUUUAAAUGCAAUCUACAAAUGCUUACAAAGCAUUUUCAGACCAACUUUUUAAUCUUCAUGUGUAAAGGUGCCAUGAAAAUGUGGUUUGAAUGUUCAUUAUGCAGUGUUAUUCGUAAGUCCAUUUUCACUUUUAGUUUAGUGAAUUCUAACACAACUCUUGGAGUCUCUACUAUUGGCAUGUACUGAAUUUAAAUUUUUAUAACAUAGUUCAAGCUGCCUAAAUAUGUAUUAUUUGAGAAUUGUGAAACAUAGUUAUAUGUAUGCAAGUCAGAGAUCAACUUAAUCAACUAUUGCUGCAACAGAAUUUUCAUAAUAAUUAUCUUCUUAAAAACACCUGCUGGUACUUGGUGUGGUUAAAUAGGAAAAAUGUUAUUAAAUAAAACAUUUGUAUGAAUUUUUGCCAAUGUUUGACACAUUUUACUAGAUUACUGUUAUUGAAUUAUGUUGAUGGUUUUACCAAUAUUUUUUCACACUUAAAACACUUAUUGUAAUGUUUACAAGCAAAAUAGAAAACACAUUCUAAGCAUUGAUUGGUUAACCUUACAAUUCAGGUGAAGUACUACAUUGUCACUGUACACUGGUUUUCUAUGUUGUGUAACAAAUAUGGAACCUCAGUUGACUAUGCAUUUGGCAAAAACUAACAUUUGGAAAUAGGAAAAUUUGGAAAAGCUUUAAAAAUAACAGAACUGCAGUUCUCAUUUCUGCUUAGUGCUCUUUCCUUGCCCCAAAUUUAUCUAGUGUCAUAUAGUCACUUGUCACUUCAUUACCGGACUAUCAGAUGUUGCACAAGAGUAAGCAAAUACUAUUAUUUUUUUGUUCCUGAAUCAAUUUCUUUAAUUUUGAUUUGGCCUAUUAGAAUAUAUUAUGUCAUAAAUCAUAUGAAAAAACCUCAUAAAGUCCCCUACUUUAUGGCAUAACCUGUCAACACUUACGCACUUAGCAAUAUACUGAUACAGAGCAGAACUAUUUACAAUUCCAUCCGGUAUUAUGUAAAAUUACCAAUAAAAUAUUUUUGUGAAUACAGAUUUUGCAUUUUUGUUUACAACCAAUAAGUGUUUUGAUACACACAUACAAUUCAUGUAUAGAUUUUAAAUUAUAGAUUCAGGUUCAGUACAAAAGUCCAUUUAGUUUCUUUUAGUGAGGUAGUCCACUUACACCCCUGUGAUUCUUUUCAUUCAAAAUGAAUAUAUUUUUAAGCCCGUAUAAAAGUUGGAUUGACCUUCUUGGUAGUGAAUCCAGCCCCAAAUUAUUACCAACGUAUGAUAUGUCUUCUGAACAGCUAAAACAAUGGAUUUUUGUAGCCCCUGACAAUUGUGAUGUUUGGUGGUUUCUUGUAGUAAUGUAUUUUUCUGUUUUUAAGGCAGUACUUCUACAGGCACAAUGGUACUGUUCUAUUUUGUAAGAUGCUAGUUGUGAAAUACAGUUAGUUGCAUAAAAUGAAAGUCUGAUGUGAUAUCUGAGAACAUACAUACCUCAUUCCUUGGUGUUGCUGUUUAAACUUUUUAGACAUCAAAUGUUAAGUAUAGGCUAUUUCAGAUGGAUAACUACUGACCUGUUUAUUAUGUAUUCUGCUUUAUCUUACUAAAUAGGAUGUCUGUUCAUUGCCAUUACCUGGCCAAAUCUUAGUAUCUGUAAGACAAUUCAUUUUGGGGUUCUUAAAUGUUUUUGGGGCUGGGCUGGUGUUCAAAAUAACAUACACUAGUUUUUAAAAGAAAAAGACAUGCUUCUCAACUUUAUUUUUGUAUAUUUUAUUUUUAGGUGGGACUAUUUGCAGAGUAUACUGAUGUAAUGGAUUACAAGAGAGCUGAAACUGUUUAAAGUAAGCAGUUUAAUGAUAGCAAAUCUUACUGCAAGAUGUUUUAUGAAAUGUGUUUGUAUUUAAAAUGUAAUGAAUGCUAACACAUUUCAGAAUUCCUUGCAAACAAAUAAUAAUCUAUUACCAGUAGUUCACUAAAGGGGAAACGUAUUUUCAUUUAACUUUAUGUGAAUAAACCACCCAGCACUACCAACAAGAGGUCUCUUUGUAUCUUCAGAAAUAAGUAGCCAUUUGGUUUGAAAGGAAGGGGAGGAUGGAGUGGAUUUUACUAUGAUUCAACUGUCUCUAGAGAAUAAUCUCAAAAAUGUGGCACAAGCAUGGUUAUAAUCAAAAAGAAUGCAGAAAAGUCUCGCUGUUCUUUAUGGAAUAAGACCUUGAAAAGCAAUUUCUAACCACAGAUACAACACACAUCAGCUAGGAUCUAAAAACUGAGCUGUGGUGGUUUUAACUGAACUAUUAUGUUGCCAGUGUUUACAUUGCAAUGAUGCCAUUUUUGGCAUUAAACAAAGUUAAGAUAAUUUUUGCCUGUUUGUGAUUAAAGGGACGUGACAAUACUGACAGCAGAGUAGACAAAUUCUGAGUAUGGCAUUUGACUCUGUUCAUAAUGUUAUAAUUUAAAUGAACUUCACUUUCAUAAUUUCUAAAUAAUUUUGACUUGUAGUAAUCCGAAGUCCUUUUUCUAACUGUAAAUAUAUUUAAAAGCAUCUUUACUCCAUUUAUAAAUAAGUGAAAAUUUAAUGUUGUAAUGUGUUUUGAUUAGCUCUUUUUCUCUGUGACUGCUCUCUGCAUAAGAACUGUUAUUUGUUAAAUUCUAUAUAUGCACCAGUUUUCAACAGCUAUACAUCCUGGGUUGUUCAUGAAAUGGUGACCCAACAAAGAUAAGCGUGAUAGUGUUCCAUGUAAAUGACUUCCUUUAUGUGCUGAUGGAUUGUCCGGUUUCAGAAAGGAAAACGGGGGGAGAAAUGGGGGGAAAAUGAAGUAUAAUUAGUUCAUUGAUAAAGUGUACAAUAAUUCAGUCUCUUAUUCCUAAAUUUGCCAUUAAUUAUAGGGGGUAUAAGGAAAAGAACAAAUACACAGUUGUAGACUAGCAUCCUUUUUUUUCCCUGAAAUUAAGUAUGUAUACUGGAGAUAAAUAAAAGUUGUUCUACUUAGUAGCAAGUUAUGUUAUAGCAUAUAAAAUCUUGAUUCUAACAGAAGUGAUAGGAAAAUAAAAUUACAUUUAAAAACUUAAAAAUUCUCGAUAUUAAAAAUCUUCAAAUUAAGACCAUGACUGCAGUUUUAACGUAUUACAUGCUUCUCUAGAUGUUUGAUGUUUUGUGGCAUUGAUUGUAAAAUCUCAAUUUUUUUUUUAUUUUAUAAUUUGUGCGCUUUUUUAAUAUUAUGGAUAGCACAUUUUUAGGUAGCCAUGUAAGAUAGAAUACUUUUUAUAAUUUGUUUCCACCAGUUCACUAUAGUGUUCAGGCAGGUCUUCUAAACUUGACACAAGCGUAUGGCUCUGCAUCUGAGAUUCUUUAAUUUUUCUCUCUCCUGUCUCAAAAGCCUGAUGGUUUCCCAUGUUGUGCUAAUUAAUUAUACUUUGUUAGAUAGGAUGGAUUUGGCGUGGAACUGUCUAUUGUGUACUUCUUAUGUACAUCCAGGGUUCUUUAACUGUAUCUGCUUUGUUUUUUCUGUCACAUGCCUUUAUUUGACUCUGCUCCCUACUAGGGAGUCUGGGUAUGCUUCCUUUGAAAUAGCAGAAGCUAUAUGGAAACAGAAAUGCAAUUUAAUUUAAUUUCUCCAAAGGCAGCAGCAAGUGCUAUAUUUGUAGUAAAUUUGGCCUGUGCUUACUCAGGAAUAAGAUAGAUAAGAUAAAAAGUUAAUGCUUGGUUUUGGCUAUGAUAAUUUGCAAAUACGUACUUCUAUCAAUGUUAAGAUUUGGGUGUGCUGGAAAAUACUGUUUGAGCUUUCAAAGGUUUUUACCUGAAAUUAUGCCCCGACUUAUAUCAAAGCAGUCUCAAUUUGAAACAGUUUAACUUCACAAACCAGCAAAAGCUGUACAGUCAAAUCAGUCAAACUGAGGAAGCUCAGUUGGUUUUCUUUUGUACUGUCAAAGUUUUAACAAGAGGCGAAACUUUCUCCUAUUGUCAGAAGAGACUUAAGAGAUUUUUCUAAGACAGCAAUCAGAUAUUGAGCUUAAUUUGACAUCUAAAGAGGAACCCAUAUUGUAAUAAUAAUUAACAGGAUUUAACUACUAAAUCAAAAUCAGAAAAGUACUUCACAAUUACAAAUUGAUGCUUUACAGAAAUGAUUGUAACUUCCUGUCUAGAUGGAUAUGAAUGGAGUAAAUGGUGCAACAGCAGUGGGUAGCUGCAUGCUUGCUAGUAAGUGGUAUUAUCCAACAGCAAGUGACGUUUAAGUGACUUUCCUAAGACAUUACACAACGAGAUUGCGAUAUGUCUGUGAGCAAGGCCUAGGAGUCCAUGUGUCCAUCCCCUGCCCCCGCCUAAACUAUACCAUCGGAUUCAAACCGUGAAAGCAAAUGCAGCGAACAAACAAAUUUGUUUCAGAUCCCAGAGUCUUAGUAAUGCAGGAGCUCUUUACAGCUUCUGUUUAACUGUGUCAGUGAAAAUUAAUUACAAUGAACCACCACUGUAUAAUGCUUAAUCCCUCAGGAGAUGUUUUUGAUCCUGAUCUUGCCCCUUUUAUUAUGGGCAACAGAUAAAAGUCAUCUGAAAGAACCUGCUCUGUCCACUGACAUGGGGGAUUUUAAGCGCAGACAGUUUAAUGUGCACAGGAAGUUUUAGCUGUAUUUUUAAGGACUUAAACAUGGAAGAUGAAGGGCAAAAGCAUAUUCCAUAGCUCAAAUGAGUAUUACUAUGAAUGAUCACAAGAGAUUGCUGUACCAUUUGGGUUUUGUAAAAGACAAAAUGGUGACACUACUUGACCAAUCCUUGUCCCAUAUGUUUAAAAAGAAAAUUACCACCAGAAAAAAAUACUGUUCCAGUAACAAUAAUUUAAAGAAUAGUUCCAAAACGUUAAUUAUUUUGUGGAAAGUAUGGCAUAUCUUGACAGAGGUAGGAAUAUCUGAGCAAGAAGCCCUUCAGGACUGCAUUUUCAGGAUCUAGGCCACCUGGAAAAGUGUAAUAUUUAAUUACACUGUUCUCUCUGUAUAAAUAUUGAUCUUAGUCAAAGUGCUUGCAAAGUGAACAAGCUCCUUUAGAAAUGUGGCUUUAGACCAAUGGGGCUCUAACUUACAAUGGAGUUAUUGAGAAGACAACUGAGGAAAAGAGAGUAUUAAUCUAUUUUUUGAUAACCUGCUAACCAUGUGCUCAUAAUUUUCCUCUUCCGUAUGAAGAAGCAAAAGUAUACAGAAGAAGGAAAUACAUGUAACCAGGGCUAAUGAAAUUUGGCUCUUUACCCCCUUCCCAAGCUCACUAGAUUCUACAAACUACAAAUCUUGUUUGGUUCAAAGGCAGUCACAGGUAUUUUGUCACUGGAAAAGGAUGGAGUUGUUCAGUCUCUUAGCAUCUGUUAGUUAAGACAAGUGAGUGGUCAGGCCAAUUCUACUUUCUGAAUACCCAUUCUGGGAAUAGAGAGUUCUAAUUCACUAUUUAUAUGCAUCUAAUAGAUAGCUACCACCCAUGAAUAAUCUAUUUCAAGCUGAUCCUUCUUUGCACAGAAUAAAUCAAAAUGCUUCAAUGCCAAGCCCAGUUCCUGACGGCACAGAUCUCUGAGCAAGAAAAUCUGCCAUAUGACUGAUCAUCUCUUACUGUAACAGCCUUCAGCUAUGAAUUAAUCUCAGCAAGGGAAAUCUCCUAAGAUUACAUGUAUUUGUUGAGUAUCGCUACUCCCACCUCUGAAGGACACACAUUCCGAUUCCUUCUUCUCUCUUUUCUUUUUUUAAAGUAUAUCUAUAGUAUAAGUGGAUGCAGUGAGUUUGAAAUAAUGUAUUAUGCCUGCUUUUGCAAGUGGGGGAUUUGACUGCUAUUUCCAGUUCUUCAACUAUAUCUUGGUUUCUCUAAGACCAACGAUGGUGUGUGAAGCUUAGGGGUCAUCUAUCAAUUUUGUCACCAUUGUUCUUAUUUCUAUAUAAUUGAUUUACUGAACAGAUUCUUGCUGAGCAAACUUAUUUACACCAAUCCUGUAGUAUUCAAGCAUUCUGGCUAAAGUAGCUGGCAUUCUGGGAUGCCCAUUACUGGUCUUCAUAUCUGCAUUUCUGCAAAUGGUCUGAUUCUAUUGCUGGGAGGCUUCCAAACUUGGAGAAAUAAGCAAAAUGCUUUCCUACUGUUGGAGGCAUAAUGUUGCUGCAUAACUUGCAGUACCUGGAGGCUUUUUGAAAGGUUCAAAAAACCACUCUCCAUGCCAGCUGGAGAAGGACAUCUGAGGAGCACGCACAAAAAUACUGAGCGCUUUCUCAGCUUUCCUAUGGAAAUUCUGAGUAGCUUCUGUUUCUAAAAUGUCAAACACCUUCAAAAACCCUCAGUCCAACAAAAAAAGACAGAAUAUAAGGGGGGGAAAGAACAAAGAAAAUGUAUUUUCAGAGUAAUACCUAGAAAAGCCACUAUAUAAUGACUUCUUUGUGUGUUUAGUAUUCCUUUCUCUGUGUACUGUAUUGGAAGUAGGCAGCAUCCUGCACUUCUUAUAGGUGUGUGUUGCUUUAUGAUUCUUGAUACUUGUUGGUUCAGUGACUUUUGGCCUAAAGAUAGAUGUAGGUUUUUGUGAAUUUCAUAGUAAAUACCAUGAAUGUUUCUCUCUUGGGUAUAGGUUGUUUAUUGAAAGAGCAGUGGUUUUGACUAAAGAGCUAGUCAGGAACAAGAUAGAUUCCUCUUGUACGUUUAGACGCUACCCAGUUUUAAAGGGUCUGAUUCCUGGACUACUAGAAAAAGGAUAACUUUAUUUUGAAAGGGUAAUAGAACCCAGAGUAGAACAGAUGUGGCUUCUGAAAAGAGUUUUGUGGCUAGUAGUUCGUAUGGCUGUUUUCAGUGAUUAUUCCACACUUUAGCCCGUUAAUCUUGAAGCAUUGGUAGAGCAUCCUCACAGAUAAAACUACCAACAGCACUGUCAGAUGCUCUUAAAGUUUACUAAGUGCCUUAUACAGAGCAUCACUGAGGCAAUGGUUCGAUUGAAAGGAAGUUUGAUAAAAGAUUACUCCUCUGGAUGGAGUCACAGGUUAUCAGUUGUAACCAAGGUGAUGUUCCUGGUUAUAACACACUAGAAUCUUAUAUUUUAUUGCUGAUACAAGUACCUAAUAUGAAACAGUCCAGAAAUUUCUGAGGCUUUCAGUUUGUAAAUCAUACAUUCUUUGGAGAUUUUUUCUUCUAGUCAGCUGUGAUAGCCUACUGGAAUAUCACAGAAGUGAACAAAACUUCUGAGUGUUUCUAGAUGCUUUCAUGCAGUUUCUCAAUCAAGGACAGUAUUACCUUUCUUGGGAAGGGCAACAUAAGUUGGCUUUAUUCAUAGGGUUUAUGUUUAUCCAACAGUAUUUUUUAAGGAUUUUAUUGUCAGAAAAAGGGCUUGUUAUUUUGAAAAUAAAAAUCUUACCUGCCAGGCGUCUUCCCCAAAAUGAGUAAGUGCCUUUUCUGUUCUGACUCUUAGAAGUAUUUACUUUGUCAGAUUGAAUCUGAAUGUCCUGGAUAAACCAACAAUUAAGUACUGAGUGUUACCAAUGGCUUGAAAUCCUUUCACUGAAAGAACAAGAGACAGAAUGUAAGCCACUUGAAUUAUUUUGAGACCUGAUGUCAGAAGUUUUAUAACUGCUAUGAGUAGUAUACUUCUAAGAACAAUGUAACUUUUCAGGAACUUGAUAUUGAUAGGAAAUAAAUAUUUAUUAAAAGAAGUAUAUAAAAUAAAUAUUUAUUUACCAAUGUAAGAAAGAGAAAAUGUUACACCGUGGGGGCAACAGUCUUGCUGUUAGCAGUCCUGACUACUUAAUGGAAAGUAAAACUGAGGCCCUGAACUCUGGCUGCAAAAGGAUGCGUGGUAUUUGGUGAGAGAUUGGGACUGUGAAUCUUAGGUCCACAUUCUAAUAAAGUAAUUCUUCCUACCUAAGUUUUUACCAGUUCUCAAGCAGAAAAGAAAGCAUGAGCAGGUAUAAGUAAGAGGCCCUCUGGUUUUAUUGGUGCUGCUUCCUAUCUCUAGAGGAUUUUUUUAAUUUUUUUUUUUUUUAAACUUUGCUCAGGACUGGUACAGCUGAAAGUAUAUUUUCCCUUCAUUCUUAAGCCUAGACUUUGAAUGGAGUUUCUCUGAGACACUUUUGUAGUGAAAUCGUAUUCCCUACAAACAUUGAAGAGAAAAAUAAACAUCUCCGUGAACAAAAGAUUGUGUGUGGUUGUAAUUUUUUAACAUAUACAAUUUUGUUAUAAAAUUUCUAAAGGUACUCUAAGAAAAACAUAACCAGUAUAUUGGCCUACACUUAAAAGAUCUUUUUGUAGCAGUUGGAAAAUACAGUUUGCAUCAUGAGAUGCUACAAAUUUUCUAUCUGAUAAACUAUGUUCAAUUCCAGUUAAGCACUCCUUAAAAUAUCACACUUCAUUGCAUUUAGCCAAGUGUAUAGUAGUAACCCAUUAGGACGCUGCCUUAAACUGACCUCUUCCUGAUCUCAAGUCAAAGACAUUAUUAAACAAUUUAAAAUUCUGAAAGCUUAGCAGAAAAGCUGAGGGGAAGGGGCUGGAAAGAAAAAAACCAACAAACAGUAGGAAUUGCAGUGCAAAGACAUUUUUUUCCAGAAUAAAUGCCACACAAUUAAUGAUAAUGGAAUUGGUUUUAAAUUAACUCUAUAGUUAUUUCAUAUUGUUUGAUAAACAUACAGUUGAUUUCAAAUGAGCGUAAAUAGAUGUGUUUGAAGCCUAGAACAGUGAGCUAAUAGAAAUGCCUUCUCCAGGUAUAAAUUAAUACUUCUUGCCUGUGAAGAAUCUGACAAGAAAGUAUUUUUGGUGAAAGCUGUUGUUGGUGCACUAUAUUCAAUCUUGACUGGCAGUGGUGCUGCUUAGGUUGUGUUAUGGUAAAUAAAAUGGUAAAUAAAAUUAUUAAAUUGUUCAGAACCAUUUUCUAAAUGUGUUAUUUGUACUGGCUA